CAAGGCCAAGCUCCGAUAAAAGCCCGCGCUCUCCCUGCCCUCCACCUAACGUUCUCCCAGCCUCCAGUCCACCCCACCACGCACGCGCGUGCGCGCUCUAGCUCGCCCUCGCUCUCGGGUCCUAGCUGCUCCCGCGUCUUCUUGACCUUUCCCCCCGCCGAGAGGUGCCGGCAGGUCGGCGAACCCGCACCCGCGCGCGCUCUAGCUCUCGCUCUCGAGUCCUAUCCUUCUUGACCUUUCCGCCCGCCGAGAGGGAGGUGCCGGCAGGCCGGGGAACCCGCGCCCGCGCCGCGCGCGCCGCGCCGGCAUGGCGGCGUCGGAGGGAGCAAUGCGGAUGGGCAAGUACGAGAUGGGGCGGACGCUCGGGGAGGGGCACUUCGGCAAGGUGAGGCUGGCGCGGCACGCCGACACCGGCCGCGCCUUCGCCAUCAAGAUCCUCGACCGCCAGCGCAUCCUCGCCAUGAAGAUCGACGAGCAGAUAAAGACGGAGAUCGCGACGCUGAAGCUGCUCAAGCACCCCAACGUCGUCCGCCUCUACGAGGUCGCCGCGAGCAAGACCAAGAUAUACAUGGUCCUCGAGUAUGUAAACGGAGGAGAGCUAUUUGAGAAAAUCGCACUAAAGGGCAAGCUGCCGGAGAAGGAAGGGAGGAAACUGUUCCAGCAGCUAAUGGACGCUGUAAGCUAUUGCCACGAGAGGGGGGUUUAUCAUAGGGACCUUAAGCCCGAGAAUGUCCUGGUUGAUGCGAAAGGGAACAUAAAGGUCUCUGAUUUUGGACUAAGUGCCCUUCCACAGCAUCAACGGAAAGAUGGAUUACUGCAUACCACAUGUGGCAGCCCUAACUACAUAGCCCCUGAGGUCCUUCUCAACAAAGGUUAUGAUGGCUCCAUGUCAGAUGUAUGGUCCUGUGGUGUUAUCCUCUAUGUGAUGCUUACAGGGAAUCUUCCGUUCGAUGACGAAAAUAUGGUUGUCCUUUAUCAGAAGAUUCUGAAAGGGGAUUAUCGUAUUCCUAAAUGGCUUUCGCCAGGAGCCCAAGAUAUACUGCGAAAACUCCUGGAUCCGAACCCCAUUACCCGCCUUGGCAUGGACGGACUAAGGGAGCACGAUUGGUUCAAUCAAAGUUAUACUCCAGCAGUGCCUUUUGAUGAUGAUGACGAUAAUUACGUUGGUGAUGACAACUCCCACAUGACCAAGCACAAUGGCAUUCCAGACAACCCCGCAAUCAACCAGAUGAAUGCUUUUCAACUCAUCGGAAUGUCCUCGUGCCUUGAUUUAUCUGGGUUUUUUGAGAAAGAAGAUGUCUCAGAAAGAAAAACCAGAUUUGCAUCAAACUAUCCCCCUACUUAUCUAUUUGAGAAGAUAGAGAGCAAUGUCAUAAAUAUGGGCUUCCAAGUACAGAAGAACAAUGGCAAGCUAAAAGUGAUCCAAGAGCGCAAGGGACCAACAAAUCCAAGAGGGCAUGGAUCAUUAUUAAUUUCUGCUGAGGUGUUUGAGAUCAAUGAAUCUCUUUAUGUUGUUGAGCUAAAAAGGUCAUGUGGAGACUGCUCCCUAUACAGACAGCUGUGUGCAACGCUCUCAGACGACUUGGGAAUAUGCAAAAGCCAGCAACUUCUGAAGAACGACUCCAUAAGACAAGAGCUUUAUCGAUUUAAUAGUAGCUUUUGAUAAAACGGCCCCCUGCCUUUUUCUAGCAAAAGAGCCUACUAGGUAAAAGGAUCCUCCCUUUUAAACAAGAGGACCCACCAGGCCACCACUAGGUACCAUGUAUGACACAUUUUUGUAAAACCAAGUUGUAGAUAUACAAGUUACACCAUUCAAAUACCAAAUAUUGACCAGCCGAGGAAAAAAAGAUUUCUCUUGGAUGGUUCAUGAUAGUUUUAUUUUUAUUACUUUGGGCAGAUUUGCUACUGAUUAUGUAUGAAAUGUUAUGUAAACAGUUGAAGUGUGCAUAUAAGAAUUACCUGUUCUUUGUUUCCCCUCUUAA